GUCUUGCUGGAGGAAAAAAAAGCUCGCUUUCACUGCUAGAGAGGAAGGGAGGAGUAGCUACAAGCCGACGUUUCCCUACCAACCUUCUCUCCGACAAAGCUCCUCAACAGACACUUCAGCGAUGGCAGAGGCCCAUCAGGCUGUGGCGUUCCAGUUCACCAUAACUCCAGAGGGCAUCGACCUACAGCUGUCCUACCAGGCCCUGAACCAGAUCUACUUGUCGGGAGUGCGAUCGUGGAAGAAACGCAUCAGCCGCAUAAGGAACCGAGUGAUUAAAGGAGUGUACCCCGCCAGCCCCUCCUCAUGGCUCUUUGUCGUCAUAGCGAUCCUGGCCACCAUGUACAUGCGCUCGGAUCCCAGUAUGGGGCUUAUUGCUAAGAUACAGCAACACCUGCCUCUAAGUCUCCAUUACUCACUCAGCACCCAGGGUCAGACCAUGCUGUCUGCACUGGUCUUCAGCACUCUGCUGUGGCUCUCCCUCAUCCUCGCCCUCAGGUUCUGCCUCAAGCUGUUGCUCUCCUACCACAGAUGGAUGUUUGAGCUGCACGGCCGAGUCUCCAACACCACCAAAGUCUGGGUGACUCUGUUGAGGUUAUUAUCAAGCAGGAAGCCUCUGCUGUACAGCUAUCAAACCUCUCUACCUCACCUGCCUGUUCCUGCCAUCAAAGACACAUUGAACAGGUACCUGGAGUCAGUGCGCCCCCUGUUGACUGAACCAGGCUUCAAACGGAUGACUGAACUGGCCAACGAGUUCGAGUGUAAUUUAGGAAACCGCCUGCAGCGCUACCUUAAACUUAAAGCUCUGUGGGCCACCAACUAUGUCAGUGACUGGUGGGAAGAGUUCAUUUACCUGAGGGGCCGAGGUCCCAUCAUGGUCAACAGUAACUACUACGGCAUGGACUUUUUGUAUGUGACACCGACAUCUUUGCAGGCAGCCAGAGCAGGCAACACCAUUACUGCUCUGUUGCUUUACCGUCGCAAAGUCAACCGUGAGGAACUCAAACCGAGUCGUGUUCCAGGUACUGUCAUCCCUCUGUGUGCGGCUCAGUGUGAAAGGAUGUUCAACACAACGCGCACACCAGGAGAGGAGACCGAUGUGCUCCAGCACUGGCAGGACAGUGAAUUUGUGGCCGUGUACCACAAAGGUCGCUACUUUCGUUUGUGGGUGUACCAGGCUGGCCGGCUGCUGUCUUCCAGGGAGAUCGAGUACCAGAUCCAAAGAAUCCUGGAUGACCCUUCACCCCCACAACCCGGAGAGGAAAAACUAGGAGCUCUCACAGCUGGAGAUCGAAUUCCUUGGUGUCAGAUGAGGAAGCAGUACUUCAGCACCGGUGUGAACAAGAAAUCCCUGGAUGCCAUCGAGAGGGCGGCUUUCUUCGUAACUCUGGAUGAUGAAGAGCAAGGCAUGAGGGGAGAGGACCCAGCCGGGAACUUGGACCGCUACGCCAAGUCCCUGCUCCAUGGGAAAUGUUACGACAGGUGGUUUGACAAAUCCUUCUCUAUUGUGAUAUACAAGAACGGGAAGAGCGGCCUGAACGCAGAGCACUCCUGGGCAGACGCACCGACUGUGGCUCAUCUUUGGGAGUUCACAUUGGCCACAGAUGCCUUCCAGUUGGGCUACACUGAGGACGGCCACUGUAAAGGCGACGUGGACCGCUCACUGUACUACCCCCAGAGGCUCGCCUGGGACAUCCCAUCAGAGGUUCAAGCUCAGGUAUGCACAUCCUUGGCUGCCGCCCAAGCACUGGCAGAUGAUGUGGACUGUCAUGUGUUCCCCUUCAGAGAGUUUGGAAAAGGGCGAAUCAAGAAGCUUCGCGUCAGCCCAGAUGCAUUCAUACAGAUCGGCUUACAGUUAGCAUACUACCGGGACCGUGGCGGUUUCUGUUUGACUUACGAGGCAUCAAUGACCCGUCUGUUCAGAGAGGGCCGAACAGAAACUGUGCGAUCCUGUUCCAACGAUAGCUGCGCCUUCGUCAAAGCCUUAGAGGGUGGAGAGACGGAGGAGCAAUGCAGACGUCUCUUCAAACUGGCUUCAGAGAGGCACCAGAACCUUUAUCGACUGGCUAUGACUGGAGAUGGAAUUGACAGACACCUCUUCUGCCUGUACGUGGUCUCCAAAUACCUGGGAGUGGAGUCAUCCUUCCUCAAAGAGGUUUUGUCAGAGCCGUGGCGUCUCUCCACCAGUCAGACCCCGGUUCAGCAGAUGGAACUGUUUGACCUGAAGAACAACCCAGAAUACAUAUCGCUGGGCGGAGGGUUUGGACCUGUUGCUGAUGAUGGCUACGGGGUUUCAUACAUCAUUGUCGGUGAAGAUAUGAUCAACUUCCAUGUGUCAUCCAAAUACUCCUGCAGUGAGACCGACUCCCACAGGUUCGGAGCUCAGAUAAGUAAAGCUCUGCAAGACAUCAUGACUCUCCUCUCUGCUGACACCAAAACCGCCAAAGGCACAGUCAAGGGUCAAUCCAAGAAACUCCUCUGAAGAUAGUUGAGAACACGUUGCAUAGCUUUUAAAAGUCAAAAAGAUUCAUUUAAACCAUCUAUAGUUGAUUUAAUGGGAAAUCCCAACCAGUAGCUGCUCUGUAAUUU